AGUGUCUGAAAAUCGAGAAUAACGUCAGUUGCACGCCCCUCGCAGAUGCAUCUCGUCGGUUUAUUGCUGCGAGCUCGUCAAAAGCGAUGAUGCGGAGGAGAGCUUUUGCAGAUCGUUUCCGGAUGUCCCAGCGCUCCGCUCGUCGCUCUAACCCAGUAUUCAGUUGCUGCAGUUCUCGUCGGCCUGUUUCACAUUCCGCGUACGCGUAUGUUGGAUUUUCAUUAGACAACUCCGGGAAUCCAGGACUGUGCAAACAUCACACCUACUUACCAACUUGAGAUUUGCGAGCUCGAUUAUUUCGCGGGCACGCGACUCUUUUCAUCAGCGGUAAAACCAGCUGUUCAGCGAAUCGGAGGCAGAUAUUCUAGAAAGAAGCUCCUCUUCCGUGAUUGUGACAACUCAAUGCCAAACUGACGUGACUCAAUGUUGCAGUUUUGUGCGGUGGAGGAUGUAAUAAUGGAGCGAAUAAUACCGGGAGAAAAUGAAUCCUGAAUGAAGAAAUGUGGCUGGCUUUUGCGAUUGUGUGGUCCUGCGCGGCGAAGAUACUACCGACAAAAGCCGCCAUCCUCCUUCCAUCCCAGCAUCCAGAUGAUGCGCGUAUAAGUAUAUCAGUCGGUUGGUACUGGUUCUGGGCCGAGAAGAGUACGGGGUGAGGAGGUGCUCUCAAAGCGUUCACGUGGAAACUCGAAAUGCCCAGUGGGGCUCGUAAACCCUUAAAACUCUGGGAAGCUCGCAGAAAAGUCCGAGCUUUUGGACCUAAAGCUUUUGUGAAAUCUAUAACCCUCUUGACCCUGGCUCCACCCACACUCUGCAGCUUGAGAGAUAAUCGCACCAAGACUUAAAAAAUACGGACUUAGUUGGUUGCCUCUGCGCAGACACGAUGACCGUGAUACGCGGCGGAGAACAACAUUUGUCGUCGUCGAACGAUUUUCGAAAGAACCCGGAGAGGAGCUUCGAGCCCGAAUUCGACCUAGACGUCGUCACCAACGUUACCAGCCUCGCUGGCCAAACCGCCUAUCUCACCUGUCGGAUAAAAAACCUGGGCAACAGAACGGUUUCCUGGGUGCGGCACAGGGACAUCCACAUCCUGACCACCGGGACUUACACCUACACGAGUGACCAGCGAUUCCAGGCGCUGCACAGGCCGCUGGCGACCGGAUCCGGAGGAAAGUCCUGGUCAGAAUGGACCCUUUGCAUAAAAUGGGUCCAGGAAAGGGACUCGGGUAUCUACGAGUGCCAGUUAUCAACUGCACCGGUCACUUCUCACGCCUUUCGGCUGAGCGUUGUAGUUCCGAUGGCGAGGAUACUGAGUGGUCCGGACCUCUACGUCGAUGCCGGUAGCACGUUGAAUCUCACCUGCGUCAUCGAGUUGAGUCCCGAACCGCUGGAAUACAUUUUCUGGUAUUACAAUCAAAAGGUGUUGAACUACGACAGUCCAAAUAGCCGGAAAUUCGUUUACACGGAGAGGGAAAACGAAGUGACGACGUCGAGACUUUUGAUAAAAUCAACUGACCAGGAAGAUUCCGGUGAAUACAGCUGCAGGCCCAGCAACUCGAAGAAAGCGAGUGUCCGCGUUCACGUUUUGAACGGCGAACGCCUGGAAGCAAUGCAGACCGGCGGUGCUGCCGUCCCCGUUUUAAGUCUCCUGCUAAUUGUACUGUCAUCUUCCAGCAACGGGUUCAGCUAAAAACCGCCGAUCUUUUCCCAGGAUAACACGUAGACGUGAAUGCAGCUCGUCCGGAGUGUCCCUUUCAAAAGUUUGAUAUUUUUGGAGAAACGAAUAAUUUUCGCCGAUUACUUUUCCUUACGUUUCUUUCGCAAUCCGCGUCUGUCUCGCUCUUUAAUUCUCGUCAAGCAGAAACUGAAGAGAAAAGAGGAGGAAAAAAAAUUUCCUCAACGAAUUCUGUGAUGUCGCGGAUGGACAAAUCGUUGAGGACAAACGGAAAGUCUGGUGCUGCAGGGCGCCGAGCCGCCGAGGUAAUUAAAGUGUCUCCGUUAAUUAAGGAGGUCCUUUCUCUCCGAACUACAUAGUAGCUUUUUGCACAACUUUCAAAAAGAAUCGCCGUAAUUCGUUAGCGUAUAUAUACAUAUAUAUAUAUAUAUAUAUAUACACAUUUUCCGUCGCACUCACGGUGAGAAAGCUCUUGGAAUUUUUUUCAAACUUCUCUUCCUCUCUUCCUUCGCUCUUUCCCAUUUUAAUUUUCUUUCUAUACCUAUAUUACAGGUAUACAUUUUCAUCCCGCUCAAUUAUUCCUCUCGUUUUUAUUCAUCGCCCCAUGUAGUAAACCUCGCGAAUAGAUAUAGAUUUGCGCGUCUUUCCCGCACGUGCAGAUAUCACCUGGUCACUACGGGUUUGGCCCGACGCGUUGAAAAUGUUGAAACGGAUUCGAUCCCUUAUAUAGGAUUCUCCAAACGCAAACAAAUUGUUCGCCUUCCUCGCGAUAGAACUCUUUUUUUUUCUUUUCGAGAACCUGCAGCUCGGCGCGAGCAGCGCGAUAACAGAGAGCGGGAGUAAGAGAAGAAGAAAGAAAAUAAAAUUACUUUUUUCUCUCCUCCUCCUUCUUCUUCUAUUCUUUUUUCCCCUUUUUUUCUCACGCACGACCUACCGGGAACAAUUUGUUCUUCGCUAAGUGAUAUAAGCUUCAGGGCCUGUGCACCAGCCCCAUCGCCUCGCCCGAGGAAAAGAAGAAAAUUUAAUUACGGAUAAUAAUUAGCUUGACGCAUGUACCUUUUAUUCUCGGCUAUUUUAAAAAUUCGAUAUUACACGAAGUAAAAAGAUAGGCGUAAAAAAUAUGAAGAAACUUCGCGACGCCCGACCUUGCGAACGUACUAUAAUUAAUUGAUAUGAAAAUUAAUCUCCCCUCCUAUACGUAUAUGUGUGAAUGUAUACAGUUAUAACUGCUCAUAUUAUACACAAGUGUUUAUUUUAAUUUUAUUCAUAAGCAGCUAUGAUAUUAGUCGAAGUGCCGAGGUGUGCAGGAUCAGAGGCGGGCAACCCGGCUACUCCCCCAAUCUACAAUCUGAAAUAUUGCGGACCGAGGUAAGGCUCGUUUCGUCGCGUCACGGAAUGUACGCUUUUAAAUUUGACUAAAUCUUCGCCUCCUCUUCCCCCAAGGAAUUUGAAUAAAAAAUAUCACCAUUUACGUUCACCCUGUUAGCGAUCUUCAAGGUCUCACGCAGCCAUUGAGCAGGUAUUCUUCUCCUCCUCUUUUUUGUUCCCCCGUUCCAUCAUUUUUACUCUGCUUUUUUCUUAUACCAUUUUCCCCGUUCAAAUUCGUGCGAUAUCGACGAUUUCAUUCCAGGUGCAGGCUUACUUUACCCACUAGCGUUUAUACUUACAUUUUUUAGAUAUAUGCAUGUAUACAUAUAUAUUGUUUCUUUAACUGUUUGAACAGUUCAUAACUGGAAAAGAUACGGAAAAGAUAUCAAAAGUUAAUCGAUACCGUACAUUUGUUUUUUCUUUGCAAAAUCGUUUUAUUCAAGAGUUGCAAUUGGGACGCUCCGUUCGUUUGGCCGUCGAUACGUAUAAAUAUACUUGUACAAUAAGAAAACAAAAAACCUGUAUCCAUAAACGUGAA